AUGACCAGAUCAAAACAAAACAAUGACGUGGCCUUUUUACCUCGCGAACUCUUCUGGAUGAUCUUAGGCUAUUUACAACCAAAAGAAUUAGUCCGCUGUCGCCGCGUCUCACGUGCCUGGAACGAAGCCUUUACCAACCCAGUCAUCCUACUCCGACUCCUAAAGAGACAUUACCCAUGGACAAAAGAAGUAAAAGCCCUGAAGACAUCUGAAAAACAAGAAGGUCGUCGUCUUUUUGACCAGGUCGCUUCACGAUACGAUUACCUAGAACGAGGCAAACCCCGCUCUAUCCAGAAGUACCGCCUUUGCGAUGACUUCGGCAGCGCUGGAGAUCGUGAAUGGUAUCAGGUUCAACCAUGGGAGUCACACGCCAGUCAUAUGAGACGCUUCAUCGACCGCCAGUUCGCUGAGGCAUUAUGGACUUUCGAGGACGGCCUACUGGUCUACCCCAGCGCCGAUCAUCAAUUUCUCGUACUCAUGGAUUUGGAAACGGACCGGCAGUUCAUGGUGCCAUUCAUUAUUCGCGGCAAGGUCAUCCGUCGAGUGCGUCUACAGAAGCGCUUGCUCGUCGUUGAAUGGGCUGAGCCGAAAGCCUUUCACUGGUUGAAUGAUAGCGAUGGCGUGCAUCGCCACUUUGCAUCCUCCUUUGAUAUAACGAGGAGUGAGACUCGGGGGUGGAAUAUUACCCCACGAAACGAAUGGAAGAUUAUGUUCCUAGGCCAUCCACUAAGCGAACGAGAUCGGUUCUUCUCCUCACAUAGCAACACCCACUAUGUAAUUUAUAUAUGGCAGCCAAAUCGCAGCUUGUAUACUGCCGACGAGGAUGCGCCCAUUGAGUCUUUGUCUGUCUGGGACAUAUCGAAAACAUCAUCAUACCGACCUUCAUUGGACCCCACAGGACGACUGAGAGACGACUCACCUGAUGACUCCCCAUCGAUCGUGGCACGGUUCGGAUUCCGAGACCUGGAAUUCUUCAAUAUCCGACAACGAGGCUGUCCAAGCAUACAGCGACUAGUUAUUACGGAUGAUGCCCAGGCAGUCGAAAUCACAGAAAACGUUUGUAUACCGCCGGGAGACCAACCACCCGACCCAUUCGGCCUUCCUCAACCUGUUACUACGAGCAUUCCUCUGGUAGGAAAUGGGCCUCAUUGGCGCCGACAUUUCGAGGGGAUUCUACCACCUUACCGUGGGAACUGCAGCAUGCAGGCAGAGAGUAUGAAAUUCGAUGGGCUUAUCAUGGAUCCUUGGUUUGGUGUUAUUGCUCAAGUGACUGUACUCGAGCCUGAUCUCGGCUUUUGUCUUCACUUUGAUCCUUGGACGUGGAUCCAGGACCAAAUUGUCCAUUUGACAAUUCAGACACCUCGCUCGAGUGUCACUUGUGAUAAUUGGGAUUUUGUUGGUAGGGCGAGGCUUGCUGGUUGUGAGAAAUAUUUGGUGGGUGAGAAUUGCAAUCGAGAGCUAGUGAUCUACCGGUUUGAUAGAUGA